AACAAGUGGUUCCAGACGCGGUCGUUUCCGGAAAACUUAACUUAACCAAGGGAAGCCAAGGACUUUUGGACUAUUGGACUUUGGGAUUUUUGGUUGUUUGUUGGACACCCAGAAGAAGGAUCUUCAAGGUAUCUGUCCCGGAAAAAAAACACCAAGUGUUGUUGGAUAUCCUCCAGUGAAGUAUUUGUGGGGACAUUUAAGUGAAUGGCGACACAUUAGAGAAAAGCCGUCGGGUGUCGGUUGGUUUUUCGGUUGGCGCGCGGAUUUGGGUUUCAGUUUUCGAUUGCCGUUGUUGGCCAAAAAAGCCACUCGGAAAAACAAACAGAAACGGCGAAAAGUCCAUUGAGUGUGAUAAGUUUGGUGCAGUUUUAGCUACCAACGUCAAAGCACUGCCUCCCGUCGAAAAGGUGUCAAGUGGAAAAUUUUGUCCGUUUACUCAAGUAACGGCUCCAGCGACUUCUUCGGGAAAAUAACUAGAGGAAAGAAACGAAAAUGCAGCGCCCCGGUGGUAAAAGGUUCGAUAUCUGAGAACCAAACGACGACCCCGCACAGUGAUAAUCGUAACAAAUUUGACUCUAUUCUGCCGACUAAAUCACUAGAGUCCAUCUCUCUCUCGGGGACAAAAAAACCCACGCCUACUGAUGGCUUCACUCGUGGUCGUGUGUGUCCAGCUAAUGUUGGCCUGCUGUUGCUGUUGGGGUGGCACUUCUGUGGCCAUUCCCCUGGGUCAACCCGCCUUAGUUGGAACACAUCUGCAGGCCCUUUUCUCAGCAUCGCCGGUCCAGAAAUCUUCGGCUUCGGCCACUUCAAAGCGUCACCAACAGCAGCAGCCCAUACUUAUCGAACCGGAUAAUGGGUUUGCCUUCCGCCGCCCUCAGCCCCACUUCCUGCCCUCGAUGGACUUUAACUCCGGCAUCGAAAUGGCCAGCAGCAACAGUAACGGCGGCGGCAGCGGAGGUGCAUCUCAUUUCCGGUCUCUCCACGAUGCCGAUACCCAUCUGUUGAACCACCACCGGCAUCAACCGUAUCGUCACGGGAGCCCACUGACCAUGCUGGAACCACCGGAAAUGAAUGGGAACCUUGAUUACGAUCAGUUCCGGCCAACGAACGAGGGAAAUGGAAUGAAUUUCCCAUCCGCCGCCAGACAGCAACACAACGAAGACCUCGGCCUGGAACUGGAGGAGUUUGCCAAUGAAAUCGGCGACAAUCCACUGUUUCAACAAUCGGCACCAACACCCUCCUCCUCCUCCGCCUACCAGCAAGUGAUCUCCCAGGCCAUCCUCGGAGGCAACAAUUUCCAGAAUGUCGAAAGUUUCGAUUUGAUUCGAGAACGGCUGGAACGCAUCAAGGAAGAGGAAGACAUCGAAGUCAAAUCGAACCUGUUGAUGAGAAUGCUGGAGGAACUCCCGGAAGGUCCGCUCCCGAUUGUGUACAUUGAGGAUUCCAGUGGGGCGGCGUCGGCGUCGUCCAUAUCGUCGUCUUCAACUGAUGGCGAUGAGAGCAGCAACGAGGACAACGGCGAAGACGACAGCCACGAUGAUGAAGGGGCAAACAGCGAGGGAAAGAAAGCGACCACGGAGACUGAGGAAGGACAGCAUUCUGAGGACAGUCAACAAUUCAAAACUGGUGGGAGCAAACGCUCCGGGCGAUACUACCGAAGAUAUCCCUGGAAGAGGCAGAAUUCCAGAAGCAGACCCUACGACGCCGAUGCGCGCUACCUGUGCGUUCCCAGCCGGGAGGACGUCUUCAAGCUGUUGGUAGGACUGCACGAGAAUCGGGUCGGAAAUCACCAGCGGACCGUUAACUUUUGCAAUCGAAAACGACCGGCCAAGGCAAUUUUCACCAACAUCCGAUUCCUGGGGUAAAAAUUUCGAUGGAACAAAAAAAAAAAAACACCCCGCAGAUAAACCGACAUAUCGACAGGCCACAAGCAUCAAACGAUCGAGCAACGGAAAACGAUGGGACAAACAAAAAACACACUGUCAGGAACAAAGAAAAGCCAGUGAUUUUAAGUUGUUGAAUUGCAAUUUUCCACUUUGUUAUCAUUCGAAAUGGGGGUGGUGAGAGGACGAAUUCACGAAUGAAAAAUCCAAUCGGCGAGGGAUCAAAUCAAAAAACGAUACUUGCCGACAUUUUAACCCCUAGAAGACCCAUCAGGUAGCAGCUAGACAUAGAAAAAAAUAUGCUUUUUGGAUAGAAGCAAAUACCAUUAAGGAAAAAUCAAUUUGUUGGGAAGCAAUUGUUUAGAAAACACCGAGCGAUUCUAUAAAAUCGAAAUCAAGUUGAACUAACUGUAUAAAAAAACUUAAACGAACUGACCGUUUCCGGAGGAUUUGAGUGAAAAGAACACGAAAUCUUUAACAUUGGUCCGUUAGCCUCUCUUGGGAACGACAGAAAAAUCUACUGUUCCAUCAUUGAAUAUUUGGUUUGAAUUACACAUGAAUAAAUACAAAACAAAAACACAAUUGGAAAUCAAUCAGCCAAACUUUGUGGAAAUAAAAUCGCCAUUACUGUUACCGAAAAACACGGUUUUCUCUUCUUCUGAGAAUAAAUACAUGAAGGGCUCAAGAAUUUUAAACCAGCUUGUUGUUUUGCCGGGGCAAACAAUGGAGAAAAAGUAUGCGAAACCGUAAGAAUAAUCGCCGAGUUGAAAUUUGUAAACAUAUAGGUAGCUUAAAAAACCCACUUGUAAAAAUGUAUUUGAAAGCAGCCAAAACAACCUAAUAAAGAGACAAAAAUUAUUACCACAAAAAAAAGCAAACAAUAUCAAGUACAGUUUACUUAUACAACCAAACUACAUUAUAACCAUAAUAAAUAAGAUGUGAGAAAUUCUGUGAGCAACUAAACAUGUGAGCAUUAUUAUUGAUUUUUUCCACAAUAAACGAUAUAUCGUAUGAUUUA